CCACAUCCGGUGUGAUCAUGUGACACUCUGCUUGUUACAGCAGCUGAAACGGAGUUCUGUUACAUAAGAGCCUUUAAUAUACUGCUCUUUGGUAAACAUUGUGUUAACUUUACUCCGGUGUGUCGCCGCUUAUAUAAAGGAUUUCACCAGAUUUUACUUACGGAAGUUUAUUUUAUUUUAUUUUUAUACGGAAGUGAUAAAGUCUACAGAGUAAGAUGGAGGACAGCAGCAGGAUAUUAAAAGCUCUGCUUUUCCUCACUUUUUCUGUUCAUCUUUCAUCAGCAGACACACACACUCUGCAGUACCUCUGCACUGCCCUCACAACAGGAAGAAAUUUCAGUCCUGUAGGUCUGGUGGAUGGAGAGCAGUUUGUGUCCUACGACAGCAACAUCAGGAAGCUGAUCCCAAAGACAGAGUGGAUAAAGAAGGUCGGAGCUGAUGAUCCACGUUACUGGGAGAGAGAGACUGACCGUGCACAGGAUCAGCAGGAGUUUUUCCAAAACAAUCUGGCUACAGUAAUGCAGAGCUUUAAUCAAACUGAAGGAGUUCAUACACUACAGAGGAUGUACGGCUGUGAGCGUAAUGGUGAGAACACUACUAGAGGAUACGAUCAGUACGGUUAUGAUGGAGAAGAUUUUAUCAGUCUGAAUCUGAAAAAUGCAACCUGGACUGCAGCUAAACGUCAAGCUGUGAUCUUUAUAAACAACUGGGAUCCUAGAGGAGAAAAGGCUAAAUACUGGAAGGACUUCCUGCAGAAUGACUGUAUUGAUUGGUUAAAGAAGUACGUGUCUUACGCCAGAGAGACUCUGGAGAGGAAAGUUCGUCCCGAGGCGUCAGUGUUCCAGAAACACUCGACUCCUCCGGAGGUGGUGUGUCAUGCUACAGGUUUCUUCCCCAAAGCACUGAAUAUCACCUGGCAGAAGGACGGAGAGGAGGUGCAUGAGAACGUGGAGCUCAGAGAGACGUUACCCAACCAUGAUGGAAGCUUCCAGAAGAGAAGCAUUCUGACAGUUCCAGCUGAGGAGCUGCAGAAACACACCUACACCUGCGUGAUUCAGCACAGCAGCUUGGAGAAGGAGUUAGUCUUAGAAGUACCAAAAAGUGGAGGAUCAGAUGGAGGAUCAGAUAGAGCACCGAUUGGUGUCAUCGUUGCUGUAGUCGCAGCUCUCGUUGCUCUCGUUGCCAUUGCUGGAAUUGUCAUCUGGAAGAAGAAGAACUCUGGCUUCAGACCUGUUCCAGCCAAAGCCGCCUCUGAAGGAGAUUCUUCCUCCAACAACUCUUAAAGUGUGACUGUGUGUCUUCCUGCUGAACUGAGAGAGAAAGACAUGAUGAUGUUUACAGUGUAAUAUGGAAUAAAAAUCUGUGUGUGGAGUGAAAAUCCAGCAGAAAAGCCUGUGCUAACAUUAAACCUCAGCUCAGAGCUGAUCCUGUUUCUUUCUGUGUGUUUUUCUAGGAGAGAGGAGGAGAGGGAGUGGAGGAGAGGGAGUGGAGGAGAGGGAGUGGAGGAGACGGAGAUGAGGAGACGGAGAUGAGGAGACGGAGAUGAGGAGACGGAGAUGAGUAAAGAUUCUCAGUAACGGCAUCAUCGCAAGAAAUGCCACCACCAUCUCUGUUUAGGAAGUGACUGAGGUGAAUGUCUAGUUGAAACGGAACAGUCUUGUGAGACAUUUUCUGAUUCAGACAGUGUUAUUCUCUGAAUCCUCUGCUGAAAAAAAAAACAAAGUACUUUUGAGGAUUCUGCUUUUGGUAUUGGCUGAGA